AUGUCUCCAUUGGUCAUAAAUUACCUGCAGUCACAACAACUGGAACUGUUAGAAACCAUCAACUCACAGCUAGUGAAAUACGCUGUGGAGAUUGGAGAACCAGAUCAACUGAACCUGGGACCUCAAAUUCCUAAGAAUCAGAUUCCUCACAGCGGAACCCAAGAAGGUCCAGUGAAACUGAAGAAAUUCCACAGAGACUUUACAGCCUCAAAACCCUACUUCACCGAUCACCCAGACUUCUUCCCUGAAAUACUGGCAGCCAAGGAAGAAGAAAACAACAAUGUCCUCUUCCCAAAGCUGAUUCCGAGAAAUAACAACUGGAAGGAGCUGCCAACAGAGGAAGCCAGAACUUAUAUAACAGAAAGGACAAGUCAUCCAUUUGUGUUAAAACGUGGCAAUGACAAGAAAGAUGCCACACAACUGAGGGUCUCUGAAUGCAUCACAUCCACAGGUCACUCAACCUGUUACACGGGGUACUCUGUGUGGGGUAUAGACUGGUGCCCUGUACCAUACAAGAAAACAGCCAAUCAAAUUGCAGCUGUGUCUUGUAACUUAACACCUGACCACCCAACAAAUAAGACAUACAGUGAACCAGGAGUUGUACAAAUGUGGGACUUCGGAGAGUUAACCUGCCACAAUACGUCCACUCCUGAUCCUAAGCUUGCAUUCAGUAUUGGCCAUGACUACGGGAGUGUGUGGCAGGUGUGCUGGUGUCCUAGAGGGGUGUGGGAGGAACCCAUCGUCACACUGGACAAUACACAGGAGGAUCUGCCCAGGUUGGGCCUGUUGGCGCUGGCCUGUUCUGAUGGAACCGUCAGAGUCUUCAGUGUUCCCCAUCCCCAGUUUUUAGAAGCAACAAGUGAGGUCUACUUCCCUCCAGAAGAGCACAUGCAAAGGGAGAGAACUCCUCCCAUCUACAAGGCUCUACCUUGCCUCACACUAACAAACAGAUCUAACUCAGACACUGGCAGCUGUUUGUGUAUCGACUGGCAGAAGGCAGGAGGCAGUCAGUACAUACUGGCAGGCUACUCACAAGGAUGCGUCCAGGUCUAUGACCUCCUCACAACAUCGCCCCUACUGAGAGUGUUAGCCAACACAGGGGAAAGUAUCCUCCCUUCACGUGCCUUCCCUGCUCAUCUCCGAGCCGUCACUGGAUGUGCAUGGAGCGAAACCAUACCAUCGUGCUUUUCAACUGCUGGUCGAGACAAAGUGGUGAUGUUCUGGGAUAUGAACAACCCCAAUCGACCAUACGACAAGUGGAUGACUUCCGACAUGGGCAUGAUGACGGGUAUAAAAUGGGCUGGCAGAGUGUACAACGGAGUAGUGACUGCUCAGGACGACUGCCUGCACUUGGCUCACAACUCGCUGUAUUACCAGGAAACUGGCUUCAGUGGUCUCCAGACUGGAUCCAACCCUUCUUAGACAAAUGCGCUGUGUGUUCACAACUCAGUGGUGUGGGAUGUGACAUACUCCCCCCACUUCAACGUGCUGCUGUCGUGUGAUGGCGCGGGUUGUGUCGUGGCUGUGAAGACUGUCGACCUACGGAUCCCCUCAUCCAGGUUCACCAAGGGAACACCUAGAAGUAAAGCGAUUAUCUACACUGCUCUAAUUACAAGUCCAUCGGCAGAAGAGAGGCCUGAAUCAGAACCUCCAUCCGAACCUCCAUCCGAACCUCCAUCCGAACCUCCAUCAAAGGAUUCCUUCCAGCCCUGCAUUGAGUUCAGAGACAACGAACAUAUGAAUCACAUCCGGACACUCAACUCCAAGGAUGACACUGGCUAUAAGAUGCCAACCAUUUCUGUUGAUGACGUUGACUCCGCGCCCCUACAAUCUGUGUAUAGAAUAUCCGUGAAUCCUAACCUGGAGAGUUGCACCUGGAUACUGAGUGGAGGUGAGGCUGGGUUUCUGCGACUGCACAACCUGUGUGGAAUGUUGACGAACUCAGCCAAGACAGUGCUGGGCAUCUCGUUCCGUAGAAGUGAACACUCAAGAACUUAACAUACAAGAAACAGAUGCCCUUAGAGACACAAGAAAACACAUGGCCAUCUUGAGUUGGAAGUUAUACCUACAAUUAUACAGGCAUGGACCAGUUAUGCCUGGUGGUACAUGUAAAUCCAUAUUUUCAGUGUAUCCAGUAUUCUCAGAACUGUUACAUUGCAGGACAUAUCGGUUUGCGUAUCCCUUCUAAAAAUUAGGCCAUUCCAGUAUUUGUUGCUCACACAUGUAAAAAGAAAAGUCGU